AUGUCUAAUGGACGGGAGAGCACAUUGUCAGAUGGAGGGGAGAGCACAUUGUCAGAUGUACGGGAGAGCACAUUGUCAGAUGUACGGGAGAGCACAUUGUCAGAUGGAGGGGAGAGCACAUUGUCAGAUGGAGGGGAGAGCACAUUGUCAGAUGGAGGGGAGAGCACAUUGUCAGAUGGACGGGAGAGCACAUUGUCAGAUGGAGGGGAGAGCACAUUGUCAGAUGGAGGGGAGAGCACAUUGUCAGAUGGAGGGGAGAGCACAUUGUCUAAUGGACGGGAGAGCACAUUGUCAGAUGGACGGGAGAGCACAUUGUCAGAUGGAGGGGAGAGCACAUUGUCAGAUGUACGGGAGAGCACAUUGUCAGAUGUACGGGAGAGCACAUUGUCAGAUGGAGGGGAGAGCACAUUGUCAGAUGGAGGGGAGAGCACAUUGUCAGAUGGACGGGAGAGCACAUUGUCAGAUGUACGGGAGAGCACAUUGUCAGAUGGAGGGGAGAGCACAUUGUCAGAUGUAGGGGAGAGCACAUUGUCAGAUGUAGGGGAGAGCACAAUGUCAGAUGGAGGGGAGAGCACAUUGUCAGAUGGAGGGGAGAGCACAUUGUCAGAUGUAGGGGAGAGCACAAUGUCAGAUGGAGGGGAGAGCACAUUGUCAGAUGGACGGGAGAGCACAUUGUCAGAUGGAGGGGAGAGCACAUUGUCAGAUGGAGGGGAGAGCACAUUGUCAGAUGGAGGGGAGAGCACAUUGUCAGAUGGAGGGGAGAGCACAUUGUCAGAUGGAGGGGAGAGCACAUUGUCUAAUGGACGGGAGAGCACAUUGUCAGAUGGACGGGAGAGCACAUUGUCAGAUGGACGGGAGAGCACAUUGUCAGAUGGAGGGGAGAGCACAUUGUCAGAUGGAGGGGAGAGCACAUUGUCAGAUGGAGGGGAGAGCACAUUGUCUAAUGGACGGGAGAGCACAUUGUCAGAUGGACGGGAGAGCCCAUUGUCAGAUGGAGGGGAGAGCACAUUGUCAGAUGUACGGGAGAGCACAUUGUCAGAUGUACGGGAGAGCACAUUGUCAGAUGGAGGGGAGAGCACAUUGUCAGAUGGAGGGGAGAGCACAUUGUCUAAUGGACGGGAGAGCACAUUGUCAGAUGUACGGGAGAGCACAUUGUCAGAUGGAGGGGAGAGCACAUUGUCAGAUGUAGGGGAGAGCACAUUGUCAGAUGUAGGGGAGAGCACAAUGUCAGAUGGAGGGGAGAGCACAUUGUCAGAUGGAGGGGAGAGCACAUUGUCAGAUGUAGGGGAGAGCACAAUGUCAGAUGGAGGGGAGAGCACAUUGUCAGAUGGACGGGAGAGCACAUUGUCAGAUGGAGGGGAGAGCACAUUGUCAGAUGGAGGGGAGAGCACAUUGUCAGAUGGAGGGGAGAGCACAUUGUCAGAUGGAGGGGAGAGCACAUUGUCAGAUGGACGGGAGAGCACAUUGUCAGAUGGACGGGAGAGCACAUUGUCAGAUGGACGGGAGAGCACAUUGUCAGAUGGAGGGGAGAGCACAUUGUCAGAUGUACGGGAGAGCACAUUGUCAGAUGGAGGGGAGAGCACAUUGUCAGAUGGAGGGGAGAGCACAUUGUCUAAUGGACGGGAGAGCACAUUGUCAGAUGUACGGGAGAGCACAUUGUCAGAUGGAGGGGAGAGCACAUUGUCAGAUGUAGGGGAGAGCACAUUGUCUAAUGGAGGGGAGAGCACAUUGUCAGAUGUACGGGAGAGCACAUUGUCAGAUGGAGGGGAGAGCACAUUGUCAGAUGUACGGGAGAGCACAUUGUCAGAUGGAGGGGAGAGCACAUUGUCAGAUGGAGGGGAGAGCACAUUGUCAGAUGGAGGGGAGAGCACAUUGUCAGACGGACAGGAGAGCACAUUGUCAGAUGUACGGGAGAGCACAUUGUCAGAUGGAGGGGAGAGCACAUUGUCAGAUGGAGGGGAGAGCACAUUGUCAGAUGGAGGGGAGAGCACAUUGUCAGAUGUACGGGAGAGCACAUUGUCAGAUGGACGGGAGAGCACAUUGUCAGAUGGAGGGGAGAGCACAUUGUCAGAUGGAGGGGAGAGCACAUUGUCUAAUGGAGGGGAGAGCACAGUGUCUAAUGGAGGGGAGAGCACAUUGUCAGAUGUAGGGGAGAGCACAUUGUCAGAUGUACGGGAGAGCACAUUGUCAGAUGUUUUCUCCAGAGUUCAGUAA